GACAUCACUCAGGAAAUGGAACAAAGAUUGGCAAACACUUGGCGGAUGUCAGUCAAUGAAAAGAAGUUUAUUGAGACAGUAUUACUUUCGGACCUCAGGGUUGAUGGUCGUCGUCCUUUCGAUUAUCGUCAGUUGACUGUUAAGUUUGGGAGAGAGGAUGGAUCUUCAGAAGUGCAGCUAGGACAGACUCAUGUUAUGGGAUUUGUCACUUCUCAACUAGUACAACCAUAUCGAGACAGGCCAAAUGAAGGAACCCUUUCAACAAUAUAUACUGAGUUUUCACCAAUGGCUGACCCUUCAUUUGAGGCGGGGCGUCCUGGGGAGUUUGCUGUGGAACUUGGACGAAUAAUAGACCGAGGUUUAAGGGAGAGCAGGGCAAUAGAUACAGAAUCACUUUGUGUGCUUGCUGGAAAGUUAGUCUGGUCCAUUCGUGUUGAUCUUCACAUUCUUGAUAAUGGAGGGAAUCUGGUUGAUGCUGCUAAUAUUGCUGCUUUGGCUGCGCUACUGACAUUCCGAAGGCCAGAAUGUACAUUAGGAGGUGAAGAUGGUCAGGAAGUGAUAAUUCAUCCACCUGAGGUGAAGGAGCCACUCCCUCUGACAAUACAUCAUCUUCCUAUAGCAGUAACCUUUGCAUUUUUUGGUGAUGGGAACACUGUGGUGAUAGAUCCAACUCACAAUGAAGAGGCGGUUAUGGGAGGAAGAAUGACUGCCACAUUGAAUACAAAUGGCGAUGUCUGUGCUGUCCAAAAAGCAGGUGGAGAGGGUGUCAUGCAGAGUGUGAUUAUGCAGUGUUUGCGAAUUGCUUCUGUGACGGCCACUGACAUAACAAGCAAAAUAAAAAAUGCGGUUGAAGAAUAA